AUGCUUGAUUUGAGCAGGAUGAGUGUCUUUCAACCGCACAUAGUUGCUGCACCGAACGAGCACAAAAUCCCGUUUCCGGUUCACGUCAGUUUAUCAAAAGUGCAGUUUUGUCGUGAAUAUGGAUCACGACUUGUCGCUGCCUCCGGUUGGGACGGCACCGUUCACAUCUAUAGUCUUGGUAAUAACGGACACUCAGAGGAGAGACGGUAUUAUUACCAUGGAAAACCUGUACUUGCGUUCACCUUUACGGGUGGAAAUAGAAUAGCGAGUGGUGGUCUCGAUCAAGUUUUCAAGUUAGUUGAUAUCGAAACUGGACGAGAGUUGAAUAUGGGAGCUCAUUCAAACGGCAUACGCUGUAUGGAGUACAAUCCGAACAGUGGUGUUGUGGCAUCUGGAAGUUGGGAUUCAACUGUGAAGUUGUGGGAUGCUCGAGCGACGACAGUCGCUGGACCGAUGCAGAGCGUAGGCACUGGGGAUCGAGUAUAUGCCUUAGAUGUUCUCGGAGACAAGAUAGUUGUGGGCACUCGCGACAGGAAGAUCCACUUGCUCGACAUGCGAAAUUUGAGCGUUCCGGAACAAGUGCGAGACAGUCCCCUAAAAGUGAGUGCGUUGCUAUAG